AUGACCGAGGAACUCAAUCGCCUCAUGCAUGAGGUGGAACGCGUCGUGACAGCCCCAUACGUGCCCUCCCUCCAGGAUCUGUAUAGCUUCAUCCAGGCCAGCUCUCCUUCAACAAUCCAAUUAUGGGCUCUUCAUAAGCCCUGCCAGGUGGGCCUGUUGGCCGAGAUGUUGGUGGAGAGUCUGUCUCGAUCGCGGGUCGCGCUCCCACUGCUCACAGCUUUUGCACGUAUCACAAGUUUUAGAGAUGUGUUGCUGGAUCGUCAGCCAAUUCUCCUGGAUGCUUUCCUCGAGCAAGCCCUCGUUGCCGGAGAAUCUGAGUAUGAUCCAGCAUGCAUUGCAUUGCUCUCUUCACCACUUCCGCAAGGCUUCGCACCCCCAGCUCGUCUCGCCGGUUUCAUCACGAAGCUGGUGUCAUCGAUGGCGGCUAAUCCCGGAGCUGAGACAAUAGCACCCUUAUUUACCCUAAUGACCGGGCUUCAAGGAUCGCCGAACUUCCUCAACGACGUACCCACAGAAGUCAUGUCGAAUCUGCAGCUGGAGUUUACUAAAACGCUGCGCAACCUCGACGACCAUAUGGGUAACCUCUUGGGCUUGGCAACUUUUGCACAGAUCUCAAUGACCCAGCGAAAGCAGCUCGACCAGCAUCCUGGAACAGGCACCCCAUCUUGGCUCCUCAACAUACAGCACUUCUUUGGCCCGAAGCGAGGCAUGAAGACAUUGGAUCUGGUUGUCUUGCGAGUCAUCCUGGCCUGCUCCUCGAACUGUAACAAUCUUACACCAGCCCAAGCUGCUGAAAGCAUUCGUCUUGCGAUAGGCAUUGCCAAGGCUGUUGAGCCAGAUCAGAAACAAUCCUGGAUUUUGAGCAACUCGUCCAAGAUUGCCAAGCUGUCUGAGAAGGUUUCUAGGGAGAAUCUAGAUAGGGAAAUACAGGUUAUGGGCGUCGUCUUUCUGCUUUCUCUCCAAAAUUUGGGGUCUUUGCCUACUCAUAUCGGUGAUCUUGGCCUCCGCCUCCUUGUCUCCAAGGACAGUAGGGCAAUCUUGGGAACCAUGUCUCCAGAGCUUGUUUCGCAUAUGACACAGUCGUUGGGGGGCUAUGAUGAAUCUGUCGUAUACGAGCUUAUGCAGUUCACCGUUGAUGCCUUAAGAGAAGACAGUGCUGGACGAGAUUCUAUGUUCAAUCUCCAUGUGUCAGAUCUCCUUAUCUCAGGAUUUCAGGCCAAUCUGUCCCAACAUAUAAUUACAUCUUUGUUGAAGUCAACUUCUACCAAACAGACCAUCGCUGGUCUUUUCGGAAAGUUUCCAGCGGCGCCUGCUCAAUUACAAUGUCACGGUUCGCAGAUCUGCCACUGUGCGUACAGCUCCUUGCAGAACAGGAUCUUGCUCAACCUGUUCAAUGUUUACUUCACUGCAGCUCUGUCACUUAGUGGUGAUACCACUGACAUUCUUAUCAUGAAGUCCUUCGUGGAACGGGCCGAAAAGUCACUUAGCCAUUUCAAUUGUACUUUCACGCAAACUGACUACAGUGCUUACCGCAGUUCGCUGUAUCUACGUAACAGGCAGGAGUUCACUUCGAAACGCCAGCCGACUCGAGAUUGGCGCGCGGCGAUCACCGAACUGCAUGUGCAAAAUGCGGAGACAUCUCACAAUGCCAUUAUGAAGAAGGUUGAUGACAUUUGCUUUGAUCUUGAACGUCGUUGUUACGAUAUCGAAGGCCCUGUGCGGUCCGCUGAGGAAGAGCGGGACAGACAAAAGUGUGAGGCUCUGCAAUUGAAACAGCAAAACGAGGACUUGGCCCGGCAGUUGGACCUUUCAACACAAACAAUUUCCACACUUCAGCAGGAUCUUGCCAGGCUUGAAGAGCAUGCUGGGAUUGCCACUAGUCGUGCCGAGGAGCUGUCGGAGGCGCUUGAGUUGGCUCGACAAGAACUACGUGACCAACAGCUCCAUUCAGACGAUGCAGUCCGAGCGGAGCAAGAAAGAGCUCGAGGCAGAGAACUAGAGUUGAUUGCAACGUCUACCGAGAAGGAUGAUCAGCUAGAGGAGCUACAAGAAUCACUCCGUCAGCUGGAGUCCCAGAAGAAACACCUUGAGCAGGUAGUUCAGGCAUCCUCCCAUGAGAGGGCCACCUCCGCCGAGACGACCGCAGAAUUGAGGCACGAAAUUACUGAAGUUCAGGCUCUAUUACAAGCAAGCAAGGCGCUCUAUUGCCAAAAAGAAGAUGAAUUCAAACGCCUUAUGGCGGAGAAUAAUGGUCUCCAGACGGAGCUUGGCUCUGUUCAAGCAAGGAUGGAAGUUCAAGCUCAAGAAACUGAACGACUCUACUCGUCGUUACGAGAAGCAGAAGAAAAAGCAAAAUAUGAGAUACUAGCUCUUACUCGCAACAAGGAAGCAGAGCUUGCCAAUCUUACCUCUGAAAUAACCAAGCAAAAGGAAGAAAACGGUCUUCUGCAGAAAGCCAUGCAGACAGCUGGAAGUGAAGUUUCCAAGGAAAUACAGUCCAAAGAAAAGCGCAUUCAUCAGUUGGAGAAAAAGAUCCAAUCUCUUCGCGAUGAGAGAGCGACCAAAGCUAGAGAGUUUUCAGAGGCGCAGCAACAUAUUGGCCGCCUUAUGAAUGUUAUGGGCUUCUCCGCAAAGCCAAAUGACAAAAGCUCAACCAAAUCGCAACGGAGCAGAGACGCUGAUAUUGUCCCGACUCCUAGUCGGCAACAAUCAGCCAAAUACGACGACGAUGACGACGACGAUGACGAUAUACAACUCGCAGAAUCUUUCGAAUCUCUGGCAUCCAACUUACAAGGUCCUACUCCAAAACGGCCCAAAGGCAAUGGGUGCUCGACCCACCCUUUGCAAGCACCCCCUCCCAAGACCCCCGCAGCUGGCAGCUCGGUGGUCAAUUCAAAUCUCGCCAAAAUAGGUACCAGAAAGCCUUUGAUUGAAGUGGGUACUAAUAGUCCUGUCAAAUCACAAGUCAGUCUGGGGUCUAAGGGGAGCCAAUACGAGGCGGCUUCGGCUGGCAACAUAGGCGAGAAUCGACUGCAGGAUCUGGACUUGGACAUGGAUCUGGAGUUCUCAAAGGACUCCUUUUGCACAAGCACGGCAUUCUCUGCUUCUAAUCACUAG